UAUUUGAACCAUUCUUCCAAUGUGUCAGUGAAAUUGUCUUGGCUGAAUCAUUAUUCAUUGGUUUAGAAACUCACUAUGUAUGAACUAAGAAACUUGUAAAUUUCUUAGAGUUAUAUAUUCUCUUGCUGGAAAGGGAGUAGCUGACACAGUAGCUUCAGAAAAGACGAAAAGAACCAAAUAUGGGAGAGGGAAAAGAACCAACUAUGGGAGAGGGAACCAUGUCACUUGAAGCUGUUAUAAACGAAGCGGUUGAUCUGGAGAACAUUCCUCUUGAGGAGGUUUUUGAUAAUCUAAAAUGCACAAGAGAAGGUUUAAGCUCCGAGCAAGCAAAGGAGAGGCAAGACUUGUUUGGAUUCAACAAACUUGAAGAAAAGAAGGAGAGUAAACUUCUUAAGUUUUUGGGCUUUAUGUGGAAUCCUCUGUCAUGGGUUAUGGAAGCGGCUGCUAUCAUGGCCAUUGCUAUGGCACAUGGAGGGGGCAAGCGCGGAGAUUAUCAAGAUUUUGCUGGCAUAGUUAUUUUGCUAUUAAUAAACUCUACCAUCAGUUUCGUAGAAGAAAACAAUGCUGGUAAUGCAGCUUCCGCCCUUAUGGCAAGAUUGGCCCCAAAAGCAAAGAUACUACGUGAUGGAAAAUGGAGCGAAGAAGAUGCUGCAAUGUUGGUUCCUGGAGACAUAAUUAGCAUCAAGCUGGGUGACAUCAUUCCGGCUGAUGCUCGUCUCCUUGAAGGUGAUCCUUUAAAGAUUGAUCAGUCUGCGCUUACUGGAGAGUCACUUCCUGUCACAAAACAUCCUGAAGAAGGAGUAUAUUCUGGUUCAACCUGCAAACAAGGAGAAAUUGAAGCAGUAGUUAUUGCAACUGGAGUUCACACUUUUUUCGGGAAGGCAGCUCAUCUAGUGGAAAACACAACACAUGUUGGGCAUUUCCAGCAGGUUCUAACAUCUAUAGGGAAUUUCUGCAUCUGUUCAAUUGCUGUUGGAAUGGUUAUUGAAAUCAUUGUGAUAUAUGGUGUCAACAGAAGGGGAUACAGAGUUGGUAUAGAUAACCUCCUUGUGUUGCUGAUUGGUGGAAUCCCUAUUGCAAUGCCAACUGUUCUUUCUGUUACAAUGGCUAUUGGUUCACAUAGGCUGUCUCAGCAGGGUGCCAUAACAAAGAGAAUGACUGCCAUUGAAGAAAUGGCUGGAAUGGAUGUGUUAUGUAGCGACAAAACGGGAACAUUAACCCUUAACAAGCUUACAGUGGACAAAAAUUUGAUUGAGGUUUUUGCCCAAGGUGUUGACAAGGAUAUGGUUGUACUUAUGGCUGCUAGGGCUUCAAGGAUAGAGAAUCAGGAUGCAAUUGAUUGUGCAAUUGUUUCAAUGUUGGGAGACCCAAAGGAGGCACGAGCUGGAAUACAAGAAGUUCAUUUCCUUCCAUUCAAUCCAACAGAUAAAAGAACUGCACUUACUUACCUUGAUGCUUCUGGUAAGAUGCACAGGGUUAGCAAAGGUGCACCAGAACAGAUUCUCAAUCUUGCAUAUAACACAGCAGAAAUCAGACAGAAGGUUCAUUCAAUUAUUGAAAAGUUUGCAGAACGUGGACUUCGUUCUCUAGCAGUUGCCCGCCAGGAAGUACCUGGUGGGAGUAAAGACAGUCCAGGAGGACCAUGGGAGUUUGUUGGCCUGCUCCCACUUUUUGACCCUCCUCGUCAUGAUAGUGCAGAAACUAUCAGAAGAGCUCUUGAUCUUGGAGUCAGUGUCAAAAUGAUCACUGGUGAUCAACUUGCAAUAGGUAAGGAAACAGGAAGGCGUCUAGGGAUGGGAACUAACAUGUAUCCUUCUUCAUCACUGCUUGGUGAAAGUAAAGAUCAACUGGGUGCUGUCUCCAUUGACGAUCUCAUCGAGAAGGCUGACGGUUUUGCUGGUGUCUUUCCUGGUAAGCCAAACAAGCAGUGUUCACAAUUACACGGUAGCUUUAAUUUAAUGUGUUGUCUAAUUUCUGAUAUCACAAUGUUUCCCUCAGAGCACAAGUAUGAGAUUGUGAAGAGGUUACAAGCUAGAAAGCACAUUUGUGGGAUGACUGGUGAUGGGGUCAAUGAUGCUCCUGCCCUCAAGAUAGCUGACAUAGGUAUUGCCGUAGCAGACGCUACAGAUGCAGCACGAAGUGCUUCUGACAUAGUGCUAACGGAACCAGGGUUGAGUGUGAUCAUAAGUGCAGUGUUAACUAGCCGUGCAAUUUUCCAGAGAAUGAAAAACUACACAAUAUAUGCUGUGUCUAUCACUAUUCGUAUAGUGCUGGGUUUCUUGUUACUGCAAUGCUUUUGGAAAUUUGACUUUCCUCCCUUUAUGGUUCUUAUCAUUGCCAUUUUAAAUGACGGUACCAUCAUGACAAUAUCCAAAGACAGGGUUAAGCCUUCUCCAAUUCCAGAUAGUUGGAAGCUUAGUGAAAUUUUUGCAACUGGAAUUAUCCUUGGUAGCUAUCUGGCUCUAAUGACAGUACUCUUCUUCGCAGUAGCUUAUGAAACAAACUUCUUUCCUGACCAUUUUGGUGUGAAACACUUCCGCGAUAGUAUACAUGAUCCUGUCACUGAUGAAAUGACACAGAAGUUGGCAUCUGCUGUCUAUCUCCAAGUCAGUGUAAUUAGCCAAGCCUUAAUCUUCGUUACACGCUCCAGGGGAUGGUCCUACGCAGAAAGACCUGGUGUUCUGCUUGUUAUUGCCUUCAUUCUUGCUCAAGCGGUUGCAACUGUUAUAACUGCCACUGCCAAUUGGAAAAUUGCUGGAAUCAGAAGCAUAGGUUGGCGCUGGACAGGAGUCAUUUGGUUGUUCAACAUUGUAACUUACGUAUUUCUGGAUCCCUUAAAGUUUGCUGUUCGUUAUGCACUAAGUGGAAGGGCUUGGGAUCUGGUGGUAAAGCAACGAACUGCAUUCAUCAACAACAAUGAUUUCGAUAGAGAAACUCGUCAGGCCGCUUGGGCUGCAGAGCAGAGAACCUUGCAUGGACUUGGCUCUGCUGAGGUGAAACCAUUUGGAGAGAAGCACACCUUCAGAGAAAUAAACACAUUAGCAGAAGAGGCUAGGAGGAGAGCAGAGCUAGCAAGGUUGAGAGAGCUUCACACUCUGAAGGGUAGAGUGGAAUCCUUCGCCAAGCUGAGGGGUUUGGACGUUGAUGCCAUGAACGGGCACUACACUGUCUGAAGAUGUUAUGAUCACUAUGCUUCAUUAUUCUGUUUGUAUUUCUUGUAUUAGUGCCUUGUCUCCUAUGAGAUUAUAGGUACUGCUUCAAUAAUGUAUAAGUUGAAGAUAACAUUUUCAUGUGCUUCUCACUCAAAACAUUAGUUGUUUUCUCUUUAGUAUUCUUUCUUUA